AUGCCUGGAAAAUGCAAGUUUCAGGACGCGUGGCUGGAGAAGGACAUGUACCGGGACUGGCUGAUGCGGGACGUGCACGACAUCCACUCCGCGCUGUGCCGGGCCUGCUGCAAGUUCAUCAAGCUGCAGACGAUGGGCGAGGCGGCUCUCACGUCUCAUGCGGGCGGAGCAGGGCACAAAGCUGCUGUCUGCAAACUGCAAGCACAGUCCUUGUACAUGUCUCAAAGCUCUCAAAAUAUCAAAAAGUCACCAGGAGAUGAAGGAACUACCCCCCCAUACCUGCCAUGUGAAACUGGACAUAUAAAUGGCAGCAUAGCACAGGUUAAAAGAACAAUUUGGCCAGAGGAGGAGAAACGCAGACCAGGGCUUUCACAGAUUGAAGAAGUUAAAGCUCUUCCUUCAGAGUCCGAGUGGUCUGAACUCAACCACAACAAGAACUCCAUUUCCUACAAUCCUGAGUUUCAAGACUCUUCCUUCACUACAUUCAUCUCAGCAACAGGCUCAUGCACAAGGCGUCCUACUCGCCGUGGUCGUCCUCCAUCUAAGCCUGAGUCAGAGGCGGGUGCGGCUGCAAGUCUGAGCCCCCUGGAGCACCAGAGGAACAUGGCUCUGCUGGAGUGGGAGGGCCGCAUGAGGAGCUUGUCCCAGGAGCAUGAGCUGUUAGCAGAGAAGAGGCGAGCCACCCGACAGAAGGAGCGAGCCUACAGACUCAAGAAGAAGUACUACCGAGCCAAGCUGAGGAGGCUGGGAGAGGACGUGGCCUCUUCUUCAGACAGCGAGCAAGACGAAGGGCACAAACUGGUCAUCUCCAACACACAUAGUGGCAUUUUACAUGAUACAGACUGCAGAAUGUAA